CUCUCCAAGAGGUGGCAGGCCACUGCCCAAUGCUGAAGUCACUGUUUAACGAAGGUGGAGCCUGCCUUUACCUGGUACACCCAUAUAAGGAAAAGCCUGAGGUCAGGAGCAAGCAGACACCAGCACUGCUCUUUCUCCAAGACGGCCGGCCAUGCUCUCCUCCUCUGCCAGUCUCCUCCACCACUCUCUAACCUGAGAGCCUGUGGAACCUGCCCGUCUCCCCUCCUCCAUCAGACACACCUGCCUAGGAAACAGGAAAGGACCUCGGAAGUCUUCUAAGGAGAGUCAUGGCCUAUUACCAGGAGCCUUCAGUGGAGACCUCCAUCAUCAAGUUCAAAGACCAGGACUUUACCACCUUGCGGGAUCACUGCCUGAGCAUGGGCCGGACGUUUAAGGAUGAGACAUUCCCUGCAGCAGAUUCUUCCAUAGGCCAGAAGCUGCUCCAGGAAAAACGCCUCUCCAAUGUGAUAUGGAAGCGGCCACAGGAUCUACCAGGGGGUCCUCCUCACUUCAUCCUUGAUGAUAUAAGCAGAUUUGACAUCCAACAAGGAGGCGCAGCUGACUGCUGGUUCCUGGCAGCACUGGGCUCCUUGACUCAGAACCCACAGUACAGGCAGAAGAUCCUGAUGGUCCAAAGCUUUUCACACCAGUAUGCUGGCAUUUUCCAUUUCCGGUUCUGGCAAUGUGGCCAGUGGGUGGAAGUGGUGAUUGAUGACCGCCUACCUGUCCAGGGAGAUAAAUGCCUCUUUGUGCGUCCUCGCCACCAAAACCAAGAGUUCUGGCCCUGCCUGCUGGAGAAGGCCUAUGCCAAGCUGCUUGGAUCCUAUUCCGAUCUGCACUAUGGCUUCCUCGAGGAUGCCCUGGUGGACCUCACAGGAGGCGUGAUCACCAACAUCCAUCUGCACUCUUCCCCUGUGGACCUGGUGAAGGCAGUGAAGACAGCGACCAAGGCAGGCUCCCUGAUAACCUGUGCCACUCCAAGCGGGCCAACAGAUACAGCACAGGCGAUGGAGAAUGGGCUGGUGAGUCUGCACGCCUACACUGUGACCGGGGCUGAGCAGAUUCAAUACAGAAGGGGCUGGGAAGAAAUUAUCUCCCUGUGGAACCCCUGGGGCUGGGGCGAGACCGAAUGGAGAGGGCGCUGGAGUGAUGGGUCUCAGGAGUGGGAGGAAACCUGUGAUCCGCGGAAAAGCCAGCUACAUAAGAAACGGGAAGAUGGCGAGUUUUGGAUGUCAUGUCAAGAUUUCCAACAGAAAUUCAUCGCCAUGUUUAUAUGUAGCGAAAUUCCAAUUACCCUGGACCAUGGAAACACACUCCACGAAGGAUGGUCCCAAAUAAUGUUUAGGAAGCAAGUGAUUCUAGGAAACACUGCAGGAGGACCUCAGAAUGAUGCUCAAUUCAACUUCUCUGUGCAAGAGCCAAUGGAAGGCACCAAUGUUGUCGUGUGCGUCACAGUUGCUGUCACACCAUCAAAUUUGAAAGCAGAAGAUGCAAAAUUUCCACUCGAUUUCCAAGUGAUUCUGGCUGGCUCACAGCAGUUCCGGGAGAAAUUUCCACCCGUGUUUUUUUCCUCGUUCAGAAACACUGUCCAAAGCUCAAAUAAUAAAUUCCGCCGCAACUUCACCAUGACUUACCAUCUGAGCCCUGGGAACUAUGUUGUGGUUGCACAGACACGGAGAAAAUCAGUGGAGUUCUUGCUCCGAAUCUUCCUGAAAAUGCCAGACAGUGACAGGCACCUGAGCAGCCAUUUCAACCUCAGAAUGAAGGGAAGCCCUUCAGAACAUGGCUCCCAACAAAGCAUUUUCAACAGAUAUGCUCAGCAGAGGCUGGACAUUGAUGCCACCCAGCUUCAGGGCCUUCUCAACCAGGAGCUUCUAACAGGACCUCCAGGGGACACGUUCUCCUUAGAUGAGUGCCGCAGCUUGGUGGCUCUGAUGGAACUGAAAGUGAAUGGGCGGCUGGACCAAGAGGAGUUUGCGCGACUGUGGAAGCGCCUUGUUCACUACCAGCAUGUUUUCCAGAAGGUUCAGACAAGCCCUGGAGUCCUCCUGAGCUCGGACUUGUGGAAGGCCAUAGAGAAUACAGACUUCCUCAGAGGGAUCUUCAUCAGCCGUGAGCUGCUGCAUCUGGUGACCCUCAGGUACAGCGAUAGCGUCGGCAGGGUCAGCUUCCCCAGCCUGGUCUGCUUCCUGACGCGGCUUGAAGCCAUGGCAAAGACCUUCCGCAACCUCUCUAAGGAUGGAAAAGGACUCUACCUGACAGAAAUGGAGUGGAUGAGCCUGGUCAUGUACAACUGAAGCAAAGAGGAAAGCAGACCCACGGCUCAGGACAAGCUCCCAGUGAUCACUCAAGAAUCUGGCUCUCAUUCUAAGAGGCUGUGCUGCCCAGUAUGGUUGUGAUAAAUCUAAACCAGCCCUGCAUGAAACAGAGUCCAAGCUGUCUCCCAACAGCCUGGGUUCGGUCCUUGGCUGGCCCAGGCCCAGUUAAGCCUGUGGCCACCAAGCAGCUCAUCUGAGCACUUUGGGAUGUACUCAGCCUACGUUGCCCUGGAAAAGGAAGCAGGAGAUGUCUCCCUGUGGGAAAGGAGAAGAGAAGUUGUCUCUGAGUCCCCUGUCACCAGUUGGAUUCAUUUCUUGGAAGAGCUAGAAUGAGCCAGUUUGACCACCCUCGGGUGCUGUGGGUGACACAGGAGCUGUCCACUGGGUGUUUGCAGAAUAAUUACACUAUCUUAUGUCUGAAUCCUGAUGAUUUCACAGCUAAAUGGCAAAAAUAAAACAUGUUUCCCAUAAAGGUCUCUCAUUCAUAUUCUGUCUUAAAAAUACAUUUGGGGAAGAGGAAAAGUACCCAGCAAGGCAGACGCUUCCCUCACUCUCUCCUCAUCCAUGGUGCGGUCACUGGGUGUCUCAAAAAGGUGAGGCCCACAGAGGAUGGAAGAGAUUCCACAGCAUAACUGGGCCAGAUCCCACUCAGAAGAAUUUGCAGUUGGAAAGCUCAUUUCUGGAUGCAUCAACCCAGUAGGGGAAUCGUUGCAAAUGGGUGUGUCAAAAGGACAGGAAGGUGGGAAGCUUGCUGAGUGUGACUUUCUGAGUGGCACGGUCAGAGGACAGGAUGGUGUGGACAGGGCUGCAUCAUCACACACACACCCAUGCCAGGAGCAAGGGCAGUGCUCGGCAGUGAUGGCAUGCUGUAUACAAGUACCAAACGGGCCCAAGUGACCUCAUCCACAGGGACUGUUGUAAAGCCUCCACAGUCACUUCAAGUAGAAUAGCUACCUGCCUAAGGAGUUGAACCCCUCUUGCUAAUGCUUUUGAAUAGCGAGAGGGUCAGACACACAGCAAAGUUUGGGACAGGUCACUUUGCCUCCCAGUCCCCUGCUUGGUUUGCCAGGAUAGAUGCCCAUCUUUGUGAGCAUGGACUUUGGAGUUAAAGCUAAUAUCUAAAGAUCCUGAAUCCUAGGCUGUCAGACUGCCCUGUUGCAUAAGAUUUUCUCCAUGCAAAAAAACUGGGGCUGGCAGGUCAACAGAGACUCUGAUAAGUGGGAAAAUCCAUAAGAAUGAAUAAGCCAUUUCCUGCAGGAUUCAAAGAUGACCUUCACCCAGGCAUCCAGGUAGAAAGUCCAGCCCACCUGCACAAUUUGCUGCCACAACCACAUGUCAUUCCAAGCUCCUUUUGGGCCUGCUUGCACCCUGGAGGACAAGCAAAAAUGGAUGAUUCUGCAGGCCUAGGGUCAGUGGUGAACAGCCCCAGAGGUCUGCACAGGCUGGACUGGUGUUCUCAGGAUACAGGGCAAUUUCCUCCCUCACAGGGCUUUGCUCAGG